UGAUGUGUGACAGUUGGUUUUCUCGUUUUCAUCCAAGUCUUCUUCUUCGUCUUGGGCUUUCUUUCUUUCUUUCUCUCUCUUUCUCUUCUUCUGCUCUUCUUCCUCCUACUGUAGUCAGUAUCAUGACCAGCACCAAACCAACCGACAAACGAUCGACUGCCUACUCUGACAUCUUUGGCGACAAGAACAGACCACCACUCCAACAACCUCACCAGCACCAGCACCACUACUACCACCAACAACAACAACAUCAACAUCAACAACAUCAACAACAUCAACAACACCAGCAACAACAACAACAUAGCUAUCAAGCCUAUAAUAAUCACCACCACUCAAGCCUUCAGCACUCACUCAGCUCACCCACAGGCUCAUCUCAUCAGCAGCAUCCUCAUCAUCAGAUCAUCUACAACCAACCCGGACGAGCUCAGUCCCUAGUCGAUCGAACUACUCCCGAACGAACCUACUCACUCAACCAUCAUCAUACUCAAGCAGACAACCUCAGAAGCCAAUCAUUCGGCUCAUCUGCUCGCUACUCACUCUCAUCCUCAACCAACUCAUCAUCAAAACACUACACUCAACCCCACUACCACCACCAAAUCGACCGUCUCAGCAGCCUCCAUCAUCAAACUCAACCACUCAAUAACCACUUCAUCCCUCCCAUUCGAACCUCCAACUUCACCAUCCAAGAACCCAACCUCCUCAGCUUCUCAAACCUCUCCCUCCACCAUCGCCCCUCAUCAUCCAUACAGCCUUCCAUACCCCAAUUCGACUCGGACAGCGCCGGACUGGGCUCGAUUCAAGAGAGUACCACCUACCAAGGUUUCGACCAACAAGCCCCCCUAUCUGGUCAGUCAAUCUCAACAAUACAACUUCUGUCCCCAAAACCUUAAUCCUACCUGACUCACUGCGCAAGCCUAGCCCUCCUUCUAUCUAUCCUAUUCCCAUUCAAUCCAUCGAAAACCUUCUAUUGACCUGGAUCACAAUUCCAUCUACGCUGGAAUGUCCAGUAUGCCCUCCGAUCAAACCCUCUCAGGCUCACAGUCUGGCCAACUCUCACCCCUCCUCAUCCGUCCCCGCAAAUCUUGCGAAUCCGUCCGAGUCAUGCCCACCCAACCCAAACAGAGUACUGCCAACGAUCGCUCCUUCAGCUUCUCCAGCGGUCCCUCCUCCCGACCUCGUCAGCCUACCACCACCCUCACCUCUCGUCCGCCUAUCGUCUAUCCCGCACUACUCAGUCGAGUUGCCGAAGCCUUCCGAAGUCGGAUCAUGCUUGCCGAACGGACUAAGGAUGGGCUGACGUAUACCGAAUGUUUUGAUGGCCGAGAAGCUGUUGAUAAAAUCGCCUAUAUCAUCAAGACCACCGACCGGAACCUAGCCCUCCUACUAGGUCGUGCACUCGACUCUCAGAAAUUCUUCCACGAUGUCACUUACGAUCACAGGUUGCGUGACAGUCAUCACGAGCUCUAUCAGUUCAGAGGUACCCUCACCAACACCUUCACAGCCGAACAAGAUAACCCUAGGAACUCGACCCAUGAUUCACUCCAGCAAACCUCAAGACCAAUCUCAGAGGCACAAUCUGAACUAGACGGGCUGGAUGAGGAAGAAGCUCAGGAGGAUGAGGUAACGGAGGAGGAGGAGGAUGUCCUACCCUGUGGGGUGUUCACCCUUCUCACCGAUUGUUACUCACCAACUUGUACGAGGGAUAGGUUGUGUUACUCGAUCGCUUGUCCCCGUCGACUCGAACAGCAGGCACGAUUAAAUCUGAAGCCGAAACCAGGGCUACAACGAAGCCUAUCAACCGAAUCCCUCGGCGAUCUCAAAGAACCUGGAACACUCUGGAUUCAUUCAGUUCCUCAAGAGGUCGUUGACUCGGUUAAUGACACCGAGAAGAAACGCCAGGAAGCUAUCAAUGAGUGCAUUUACACCGAAAGGGAUUUUGUUAGAGAUCUAGAAUACUUACGUGAUGUGUGGAUCAAGCCACUACAGGCUUCCAAUAUCAUUCCCGAAGCUCGACGACAGGACUUUCUGAGUCAAGUAUUCUGGAACGUCCUCGAAGUCUUAUCGGUCAACUCUCGAUUAUGCGAGCUACUCUCGAAACGGCAGAAGUCGGCUCACGUCGUCCCACAUAUCGCUGACAUCUAUCUCGAGCUCGUCCCUCACUUCUCUCCCUUCGUCAAGUAUGGUGCUCAUCAGCUGUAUGGAAAGUACGAGUUCGAACGUGAGAAAAGUGCGAACCCAGCUUUUGCAAAGUUUGUCGAUGAAGCAGAACGACUACCAGAAUCCAGAAAACUGGAGCUGAAUGCCUAUCUCACAAAACCGACGACUCGACUAGCUCGGUAUCCUUUACUGUUAGAGGUCGUGCUCAAAUAUACUCCCGACGAUCAUAUCGAUAAAACCGAGAUUCCGAAGGUCGUCAAGAUGAUUCGGGAACUUCUGGCCAAAGUGAAUAUCGAGACCGGGAAGAGUGAAAACAGAUUCAACCUAGCUCAACUCGACCAACAACUUGUGUUCAGACAAGGAGAAGCUGUUGAUCUACGGUUACGAGAGGAAGGUCGAGAACUAAUCUACAAGGGACAACUGAAGAAGAGAGGAGGAAGCGGUAGUGAUAGUGCCGAGUUGCAAGUCUAUCUGUUUGAUCAUGCACUGUUGAUGGUCAAACACAAACAUUCAAACAAGACCGACCAAUUGAAGGUCUACCGGAAGCCGAUCCCACUCGAGCUACUAACGGUGACGGGAGUAACAAAUCAAGAAGACGGAAGUACGGGCGGGCGAGGACUGAACUCGAACAAGAAAUCAUUGAUGACCCGGAACAGUGGAUCAGAUAAGGGCAAGGGUGUCGGGACGAGUGUUAGCUCGAACGGGGUCGUCGUACCAAUUCAGGCCCAGAAUAAGGCCGGCUUCUCGAUGACUAUCAAUCAACUCGGGCGCAGAGGUUACUCGAUCGUCCUCUGGGCUCCUACACCUCAAUCUAGACAGAAAUGGCUGGAUAAAAUUUACGCCCGUCAGGCUCAGAUUCGCGAACAAAAUACAAUCUUCGAAAUGGUCUCGCUUAAUGAAGGCUUCUUUGUCGGCCCUUAUAAGGUUAACUGCGCAGUCCCUUUUGAUAAUGGGAACCGACUGAUAUUUGGGAAUGAUGUAGGGGUUUACCUUGCGGUCACAUCUGACCCAACACGAGCUCCAGUACAAGUGAUCCAGGUGGAGAAUGUGACCCAGGUGGAUAUCAUAGAGGAACAAGGGAUCCUACUCGUGUUAGCGGACAAAGUAGUGAUGACGUUUUGGAUGGAUGGACUAGAUCCAAAUGACGCAGCGGGAGCGGCCAAGCGGGCUAGAAAAGUCUCCUCGAAUGCUAGCUUCUUCAAGGUCGGAGAUUGUCUUGGCCGCAAACUCGUCUGUGUCGUCAAGGCCGGUAGCGUCUCUAGUACCAUCAAAACUCUCGAACCUACCGAUAACCUUAAUCAUCAGCUCAACGUUCGCACUAGGACUAAACCCGCCUUCCGGAAAAUCAUUCCUGCUAAUAAUGAUGCCUUGAAAGUCUAUAAGGAGUUCUACAUACCGACGGUCUCAAGUUCCGUACAUUUCCUGAAAUCGAAGCUGUGCAUAGGAUGUCAAAAAGGAUUUGAGAUCGUCAAUCUAGAGACGCUCGAUGUUCUUGGUCUACUCGACCCAGCCGACCAUUCGCUCGACUUUGUUGCUCGUCGUGAGGCCGUGAAGCCGAUCUCCAUCUUUCGCAUCGAGGCGGAAUUCUUGUUGUGUUAUGAGGAAUUCGCCUUUUAUGUUAGUAAAACUGGUUGGAGAUGUCGGUUGGAUUGGAUCAUUCAAUGGGAAGGCAAUCCCACGGCUUUUGCUCUCCAUUAUCCAUUCGUCUUAGCUUUCGACCCCAGCUUUGUCGAGGUGAGACAUGUGGAUACGGGGUUGUUAGUCCAAGUGAUCCCGGGUCCCAAUCUUCGACAUCUGUUUUCCGAAUCGCCACCCUCGAUUUCCGCGCCCUUGUUAGCAGCCGCAGCGGCGCGCCAACAAGAGCUUCAACAACAGAGCAAGCGAAGCCAACAACAGGGCCUGAUCGGCUACCCCAGUCAAUCUCAAGUGGCACUCAACAACCCAUCGAUCAACAGUCUGGCGCUCAACUGUCGACCCCAAAUCAUCUUCUCUGCAGACUCCAAGGUCAUCCAACUCCGGCUCAAACAACGCCAACUCUCCGUGGCCGCCCUCAAUCUCAAUGCUGGCCAAGUCCAUCAUCCUCUGAUCCCCUCUAAUAAUCUUACACCGCCUCUCGUCCUUCAAUCUACUACUAAUUCUUCCUCUCCUGCUCCUUCUUCAUUCUCCAACCCUCAUCCAAAUCCAACUCCACAUCCUCAUUCUAAUAAUCUAAACCUCAAUCAGAAUCCUUCUCAUCCCCCUCAUCCUCAUCAUCUGCAUCAUCAUCAUCCUGCUCCCAAUCUCUCAAACAAUCUCAGCCCCUAUCCUCCCAUCAAUCCUCCUCCGCAACUCGCUCCUGCUCCACUUGCUCCCCCUCAAAUCCUUCUUCCUUCUCAACCGCCCCCUCCUCCUCAACCCCUCCCUAAUAAUAAUCUUAAUUCUAAUCGUCAUCUCUUCCAUCAUCUUUAUCAUCAUUAACUCUUUUUCUUCUUCACUUUCUUUCUUUGUCUCCCCCCCCCCCCCUCCCUGGAAGAGAGAAAGUUAGAAUCCUUUUUUUGUGGUCUCAUCUAUUAUUU